GCGCUCUUCACCUCACCCAUCUCAUACCAUCUAUCCUCGAAUAAAUCUCUUCAUACUUUGAUACCCUACUACAAAACAAACAAACAAACAAAAUGUCGUCCACCACCACGUCCGUCUCCUCGACAUCAACCGCCUGCGCCGGCAACGGCUGGAUCCUCCCAACCCAAGACUCCGCCUGCGGCCUCAUAAACCACAACAACGCAUCCUCCAUAAUGGACAAAUGCUGCACGCCCGCCUCCGUCGAGAAAACAGACGGCGACUGCAGCCUCUACUGUCUCGCGCAGGAACAAUCCGUUGGCGACCUCACGAAUUGUCUUACGGAUAACGGGGCGGGCUUUGGGGAUGUGUUUUGCAAUGAUAAGCAGAAUGCGACUGCGACGGCUAGUGUGACGAGUACCGCCACUAGCACUUCUACUUCGAGCGGGAGCUCGGGGACGAGUACUGAGAGUGGGAUGGCGACGAGAGGGGGUGUUUCGAAAUCGGGGAUGGGGAUCCUCGGUGUUGUUUUGGGAUCUGUUAUUCUUGGGGCUUUCUAGGUUUGAGACCUGUUUGCGUUUGAAGCUAAGGGAAAGAAAGGUUG